CUUAGAGUCGCGAGGCUGCCCAUGGAGUCGUCGCCUGCCGGGUCGGGCUGCUCCGGGUCGAGCCCUCGCCGCUGGUCACCCCGGACCGACCCGGGGUCAAGGGAACCCGCUUGGGACAUCAGUGAGGACAACGACAGCGACGACGGCAACAACCCAUGGAUUCAGCAGCAGAGCACCGGGAGAGACCGGACCACAAGUGUGGAGGACACUUUCAUUACCAGGAAACUGCUGGACUCACUGCUGGCAGAGGCGGUGAGUGAGCAUUCAAGUGAGGCCUUUGCCUCCAAGCUGCAGGAACUGCAGACGCUGCAGGGCAGGCAGCUCGCGCGUCUGGAGGCUCUGAGCCGUGAGCAGGGGCGCCGAGGCAGCAACGAUCAGUCCACGGCCACUCCUCGCCAUACAGACGAUGAAGGCCAUCGCCAAGGCCACGACGGUUCGGGGCAGGAGGCCAAGGAAGGAGAUUCCAUCUGCUCUCGAGACCCACGACGUCCUCGCGCCAGGUGUUCAGUGGCCGACGAGUCAGAAGACGGUCGCAAUGAGUUUAUGCCGGAAUUGGCAUUUGGGGUGAACAUUUCUGGCACCAGCAGUCACAGAUUCCAGCCGGAACUGCCGAGAGAAAGCUCAUCCCUGCAUGAUGAUGCUCGGUGGAGCAACCAUUCGUUGGAGGAAGGAAGCAGCUCAGAUGAGCAUGCAAUGUCAGAUGGAGAGGAUCUGAAUGUGAAGCGCCGUGCCGAAGGCAGAGACGGUGUUCCUUCGCUUCUCCACCACAUGUGGGAAGGGUUCAGCGUCGAUGAUUACGCGCCCUGCGAGAAGCCAGAGCAUGUCCGAACCACGUCCGAGUCAUUGACAUCAGUGAGUAGAAAAUCUGCUGCAAAGAAACCGAUGGAGUGGACACCAAAAAUCACGAUACCCGAGCCCUUCGGUAUGACGGUUCGGGAGGAGGAGAGGAGGCGGCACGGGGUGAAGUCUCGCUCGGCCCGUCGUCUGGAGAAACUCGUGCAAGAGCAGCAAAAGCAAGAAGCGGAGCUGGAGGCCCUGAGAAAGAAACAAUUCCGUGCCACUCCGGUGCCAGCUCACACUUUUAAGCCGUUGUUCACUGCGAUGCACCAAGACAACCGCCAACCAAAUAAAAAAUCUAACACAGCCUCGCGGGAUGACAAAUCAACGACAAAGAUGCAGCAGGCAGAGGUGACGGGCAGAGGAGAUGCGGGGGAGCAGCGUGGAUUUAAGGCCAAGCCUGUGCCACGCAGCGUGUACGACCCCGCAGUUGCCGAGCGGAUCAGGGAGGAGGAGCUGUACCGGCGAAUUCGCAUGCGCGUGCGAGCAGACGAGACCCUGAGAGAGUCGGCGCUGCCGGGCGGCAUGGCUCGCCGUGCAGCCUCUCCCAAGAGGGCUCGUCAUGCCUGCUGCACGAAAAGCAAGCAGAGGGACCAGUCCAAGCCCUCCAUUCCAAUAGCAUCCAGUUCCAUACAAAUACACAGGGAAACUCCUAAGGAUCUGCUCCAGAAGAAUAACUUCCAUGAAGUGACCAUAGGUCACAAUGGCAACAGUCGAACGGAAACUCUCGUGGGAGGCCACAUGCCGGGUGUUCACAUCAUGUUUGAGGAGCAGAGUCAGGACGACUCCGAUUCAGGACGUCGGUCGAGUGCAUCGUCAUCAUCCAGUGUGGCAGAUGACCCCACGCAACACGGGGGACCCGCACAGCAUUGGCCCCUCACUCCCUCGCAGGCGGGUGGUGGAGUGCGGGUUGGAUCCCGGUCCCGUGGCGUGGCCAAACACAGGGACAAGCGGAAUUCAUUGUCGCUCAGUGAUGAGUGGGACAGCGACUACACUGAAGACCACAAGAGGGUCACACGGACCGAAGGAAGAAAACAAAGAGGCCAGCUCGGAUUCCACCCCUCCCAGAAUGAGCGCUCCAUCUCUUGGGAGGAUGGAUAUAUACGCAAGGACAUAAGACAAUGACAUCCUGAAAAAAAAUAUUUCCCGUACAGUUAGAACAGUUGCUUAGCUGUCAAUAAUGGUAUCAUCCAUUUUUUUUACAGUUUUUUUGAGACAGCAAGUUGAACUGCGUGGUUGCUGUUGGCAACAUACUGCAAUUGUAUGCUUAAAAUUUUCAACUUAAAAGCUUGAGUGAUGAACAGCACUGACAGACGCAUUUCACCUGAUGUUGGUGAGAACUUAGGACGUGUGUGUCACCAACAUUGGUGGACGUUUAGAGGUUUAGGGAUACAAAUCGUAGGAAAUAAAUCUUCAUCCUACCAAGUCAGUAUAUGUGUGUGUGUAUAGUUCAAUUGACCUUGAUAAAAAUGUGUUAAAUUAUAAUUAUUUAAUAGCGAUGAUGAUGUUUUUAAUAUUGCGCCGGGGCAUCAAGGUCACCCUUUAUUUUUGUAAUUAGAAGUGAAGUUUAAUAUGUGACGAUGGGUGAAAGUAACCAAUUUAAAUUGUGCUCAAAAGCAACCUGCGUACACGAUUUUAAUUGUUUUGCAUUUCAAGAUUUUUGUCAAUUGCAAUUUUUGGUAUUAACAUUCCACGUUAAUGUUUGUCAACACAUUAUUUUCAUCUAUCUUCGUAUCUUAGCAAUCUGUGAAAUGUAGCACUAAAGGUAAGCAACUUGUCUUCACAAAUUGGGCUUGCAGUGUACUUUGUACAACGUCUAAAACAAAGCUACACAACACAUUGUUGGUCUGUCUCUUUUUAUCCAGUGUUGGAUUACAGAGUCGUCGUUUAAUGCAGCUGCAUCUGCAAAUAGAUACGUG